AUGUUGGCUGCGUCGCAGGAAGUGGACAAACACGAGAAGGACUGGCAGCCGGCGUUCCUCAAGCGCCAGAGCAACAGGGGUGUAGGCAGGAAAGAGGCUCUGCGCAAGCUCGCAAAGCAUAGAUCGCAGCUGGAGAAGGCAUCCUUGGCGUCCGCUGCAUGCAAGGCGGGCUGGGAGAAAGGACUCGAGUAUUUCCGCGCCGUCGCGAAGGAGUGCAACGGCGCUGUUGCAGCGACGUCUGCUGGGCUCGAGGAAACAAUUGAUGUUUCGCACGCGCAAGCUGGGAAACUGCUCACCCAAGCCCAAGCCCUGAGAGCGGUGUACAGCAAGCUACUCCAGGGGGUGUCGAAGCGACAAGCCUUCGAGGGGUCGGCCGAGUUUCUCGAGUUGGCAGUGGGCACCAUCAAGCAGUGGGAGCUUGAGUACCGUACGAAGGGCCAUAUCGUGUUGGAUCAGGGGGGAGACACGAACGACGCUGGCUCCUGA